UAAUUCUCCUGUGUAACAUUUUAACGCCUUCACAAAACUUGUUACUUUGAGUAAGGUUUUACCGGAUAAAUUGUUGGCGGGUUAUGUAUUUUAGCUGCCAGAAAGUAAAUUAAUAUGUAACAUUUUCUAGAGAAAGUGGUCCCUAUUCAAUUCAAGGGGAGGAGUACAAUCGUGAAGACUGGAUCCAGCAACAACAAAAUGCCUGAAGUUGAACCUCUCAGGUUCCCAUCAAGAGAAGGGGGACUUAAUUUACAAGAUCAGGAAGAUCUUCAAGCAGUGUGCCCUGGUAGACGUCGCAGCUGUGCUUUGGUUAACACCCCCUCACCAUGUGUCAACAAAGCUGUUUGCCAUAUCCAGGAGCUGAAGAGAAAACUUGAAGAUUGGUGUCAACAGUCAGUAAAUGAUCAGCACCAGAUGUCUCACGAAAAGCACCAAAACAGCAAAACUCUUAGGUUUCAUUGUACUGACUCAGACACGGACUCACUCAUAUCUACAGAGCUAUACAUUGAGGGAAUUGGACUCAGCGCAAGAGAGAGGGCUCCAUCGCCCUCGUUGAGGAAGGAGACAACAGACGUGCUUGUGGAGGUGGUGUACCUGAUCGAGCGCUUGGAGGCCGACCGCCAGAAUGCAGAGGAGGCUCUGCUGGUGGAGAAGAAAAGGAGGAGAACUCUGGGGAAGAAAAUGGAUUCCAUCUGCCUCUGGAGACAGCAGGAGUUCCCUGGCGCCGUUCAGAAAGAGCACGAGGCUUGCACGCGAGACAUUUGUGAGCUGCAGUGGCACCUGAGGUUUGGAAGAGACCGACUGACCCACGUGGAAGACAAGCUGAGCCACACGGCGGUGGUAAACCAGCGCCUGCUGGACGACAUUGACUUCAUUAAGAAGCACGGCCCUCUCGUGAAGGAGAAGCUGGAGUUUGAGAGGAACAUCAUGAAUCAGAUCAAUACCGCCCAACAACAGGCCGAUGAGUCAUAUACACAUCAAUUCAAAGAGCUGAGGAGCGCUGAGGAGCAGCUGAGAAGGGAACAAGAGGCAGCGCAGAAGCAGAGGGAGGAGAUGGCCUGUGUUCUCAAGGACAUCCAGAGCCAGCUGCACCAACGCCUAAAGGAUUUGGAACAGUUGCAGGCCCACGGGGAGGGGCAGCGCAGUAAAGUGGAGGAGAUGGAGGAGAAGGUGGCGUUCACCGUGAAGCUCUCUGUCGCCUUGUCCCUACAAAUACCCCUGCUGCAAAAGCAGGAGAGAGACAGUACCGAUCUGGUUUUGGAACUGAAGAUCAUCAUUGGCGAGGAAGUCGGGAAAAUAGAUGAAAUCAAGGAGCAGAUUGCAGAGCUGCUGAAAGAUAUCCAAGGCACUAGACUCGCCGGCGAGGCAGAGGUCUCUCUCCUGGAGGAGGUGUUCCGGAAGAAACGCCAGGACCUCCUGGCUCUCCUCGACCACAACGCAGAGUUAGACAUGGAGAUUCAGGACUACACCAAGAAGAUCGAAGAGAGCAAGCAGGCCGUCAAGAGGCUGCACAAGGACAGGAAGCGCUUCCUGGAGAAGAUCAGCCUGAACGAGGAGCGGCGAGACGAGGCCAAGGAGGAGCUGAACCUGACGGCCAGCGUGCACGACGACACCAAGACCAGGCUGGAAGCCCAGGAGCAGCUCACCUUCAGGGAGGAGCAGAGGAACAGGAAAGCCAUUGAAGAGCUGAAGAAACAGCUGAUGGGCGAGAUGAACGCCCUCGCCGUUCUGAAGAGUCAACUCUCAGCGGUGAAGGCGCAAUUGCAACAGGAGCAGUCCACCACAGAGGUAGCCAAGCAAGAGCUUAAGAAGGAGUUUGAAGAAGCUUUGUCUGCUACUGGAUGCCUGGAGGUAGAAAUGGAGGAACUGAGAAAGAUCCACGAGGAGAAGUCCCAGACCAUUUCUAAUUUGAUGGAAAAACUGAACGAGAUUCGAUCUGAACACCAAAGAACAUCAGACAAAAUGGAAGCUGAGAGAAACCUGAAACUAGACCACUUGAGCAAUGUCAAGAAACAGCACAGGGCACUUACAGAGAAAUACGACCGCGCUCUGAGCAGGAUGAACGAGCUCAGCGAAAAAUCCAAAGAGUACAGAGCAGCAAACGAUCAGAUGGACCAAACAGCUGCAACCAUGCCUGCUGUCAUUGACGAGCUACAGUCGGUCCUGGAGGCUGUGGAGUUCAAAAUGCAAACGGCCACGUUGGUCAUGAGCACGCUGCAGGCUGACACAGAGGCCUGCCAGCGGCGAACACACGCCUCAGAGCAGGCCCACAAUGCACUGCUCACCAUCAGACAGCAGAAAAUGAGGGACACCAAGGACGCCUUGAAGACGGAGCUGAAGGAGAACGCGGUGCUGGGCGCCGAGUACAGAGAGCUGCAGAACGUCCUGAUGGUGGAGAAGCAGGAGGCCGUGUGUGUGUUCGACAAGAAGAACCGGGCCCAGGGGUCUUUUCACGACCACAAACAGCUCUCUUUGUUGCAGAAUAGGAUGCACAUAGCUGUGGUGAAAUCCUUCAGACAGCGUAGCCUGCACAGCCAGGCUGAACUGGCUCACUUCCAGGUCCUCUCUAACGAGAACAACCACAAAAUAAAAAGUGUCCAGGAGGAGUUGUCAAAUGCUAUUCGCCGCAUCUCCGCGUUUCUGCGCUCGCUGACAGAUGACUCUACUCCCUCCGACGAUGGCGCCGAGGACAAACAAGCCGGUGCCGAUGCCGUUGGAUUGAACAAGAAGAUGCCUACAGUUCAGAUAGCAGUGUAAUUGGACAUUCACCUGUGCCAGACAACUUACUUACCCCAGCAUGCUUCACUAUCUCUCCCCAUCUCACUUGCAGCAGAUCCAUAACAAUGAAACAGGUGACUUUCAUGCUGCUGUCAGGACUGAUCUAAUUUUAGCUGGGUGAAUGAUUGCAAUUGGCUUUGCCUCAUCAGAUAAUUAAUCUAUGUCACCAUUAAUUGGAAAAGAGAAUAAUUACAGGCAGUGUUGACAGAAAUUCUACGCUUCUCCAGAUCCCAGGAUCUAAUUAGGACUAGUGAAACCCCAUGACCUUAACUAGCACUUAGUACACCUCCAGUAGCCUGACCAUACCCACGGGUGAGACACUUCCUCUCUCUUGAAGGCCUCUGCUUUUUUUUCAUUUUUGUUGUUUCAUUUUUUCCUCUGCGCCCCCCUGAAAGCUGUCUCCCUCAAUCACUUUUCAAUAUUCAAUCUUAAUUUUGUGGAAGUUUAGCAUUUUCAAUGAGCUGGAGAUGAAUGAUUAAUGAAUAAAUUUAAAUGCUUCA